CUCCUUACCAUGGUGACGGCCGCAGGGCCGCCAGGAGCAGCCCCUGGGCUACGAAAACGCUCUCAAUUUUCGGGGCUCAAAGACCCACAAGCCCACGCCACGCAGGCCGGGACAGGAAAGGGUCGCCCUUUAAAACGGCCGAGUGAAGAGCAAGAACCACGCAGCGGUUCCGAGCCUCCGUUUUCCGCUUUUAGGCUAAGAGGACGGAAGUUGCUGGCAGACGACAUUUGGCCGGUACACCGCCGGAAGUGUGGAGGUGUGGCUGCUUGAGGCGGCAGAGCGGAAAAAUCGUAGCUUCAUUUCGUUUAGGUACAAGGCCGUUUGUCUGGGCUGGUGUGGAGACUUGAGGCCUUUGCAGACUUUGGCGCGGCUCGCGCCUCCUGCUUCAACAGCCCAGCGGUGACGAGCUGGCCUGCGGCACGCGGCCUAAUACCAGUCGUAACUGUAGAGACUAUGAGGCCCUGAACUUUGGCAUUACCCAUGAAGAGGGAUUCAAGGCCGGGCAUGGUGGCUCACGCCUGUAAUCCCAGCACUUUGGGAGGCUGAGACAAUAACAGUUUGGAGGAUCAAAAUGUUGAGCAACUUGAGGAUAUGUGCAGUGGGUCAUCAGACAAUAUCCAGUGUGCAUAUUAAUAAUAUAUGCUGCUAUAAAGUAAGAGCAAGUUUAAAAAGGUUAAAGCCACAUGUGCCGCUUGGAAGAAAUUACAGUUCCCUACCAGGCUUAAUAGGAAAUGAUAUCAAAUCCCUUCAUUCCAUCAUCAAUCCUCCCAUAGCUAAAAUCCGUAAUAUUGGAAUUAUGGCUCAUAUUGAUGCAGGCAAAACUACCACCACAGAAAGAAUACUGUACUAUUCUGGAUAUACAAGAUCACUGGGAGAUGUUGAUGAUGGAGACACUGUGACAGAUUUCAUGGCCCAAGAGCGAGAAAGAGGCAUUACUAUUCAAUCAGCUGCUGUUACGUUUGAUUGGAAGGGGUAUAGAGUCAAUCUAAUUGAUACACCAGGUCAUGUGGACUUUACCUUGGAGGUUGAGCGCUGCCUAAGAGUGUUGGAUGGUGCAGUGGCUAUAUUUGAUGCUUCUGUUGGUGUAGAGGCCCAGACUCUCACAGUAUGGAGGCAAGCUGAUAAACACAAUAUACCUCGAAUCUGUUUUUUAAACAAGAUGGACAAAACUGGAGCAAGCUUUAAGUAUGCAGUUGAAAGCAUCAGAGAGAAGUUAAAGGCAAAGCCUUUGCUUUUACAGUUACCAAUUGGUGAAGCCAAAACUUUCAAAGGAGUGGUGGAUGUAGUAACGAAAGAAAAACUUCUUUGGAAUAGCAAUUCAAAUGAUGGAAAAGACUUUGAGAGAAAGCCCCUCUUGGAAAUGAGUGAUCCUGAAUUGCUGAAGGAAACAACUGAAGCAAGGAAUGCCUUAAUUGAACAAGUUGCAGAUUUGGAUGAUGAAUUUGCUGACUUGGUUUUAGAAGAAUUUAGUGAAAAUUUUGAUUUGUUACCAGCUGAAAAGCUACAGACUGCAAUACAUAGAGUGACACUAGCUCAGACAGCAGUGCCUGUGCUUUGUGGAAGUGCCCUGAAAAACAAAGGGAUACAGCCCUUGUUAGAUGCUGUUACUGUGUACUUGCCUUCACCUGAAGAGCGUAACUAUGAAUUUCUGCAGUGGUAUAAGGAUGACUUAUGUGCAUUGGCAUUUAAAGUUCUCCAUGACAAGCAGCGAGGACCACUGGUUUUUAUGCGCAUUUACUCAGGCACAAUAAAACCCCAGUUGGCCAUUCAUAAUGUUAAUGGAAACUGCACGGAGAGAAUAAGUCGUCUGCUUUUGCCGUUUGCUGACCAACAUGUAGAAAUCCCUUCACUGACUGCUGGUAACAUUGCUUUGACUGUUGGGCUUAAACAUACUGCCACUGGAGACACCAUUGUCUCAUCCAAGUCCAGCGCAUUAGCUGCAGCUCGUAGAGCCGAAAGGGAGGGAGAAAAGAAGCACAGACAAAACAAUGAAGCAGAGAGAGUUUUAUUGGCUGGAGUGGAGAUUCCAGAACCUGUUUUCUUCUGUACCAUAGAACCCCCGUCAGUGUCUAAGCAGCCAGAUUUGGAACAUGCAUUGAAAUGUCUUCAGCGUGAAGAUCCAAGUUUGAAAGUAAGGCUAGAUCCUGACUCUGGACAAACUGUUCUGUGUGGUAUGGGGGAGUUACAUAUAGAGAUUAUUCAUGAUCGAAUCAAGAGGGAAUAUGGACUGGAGACCUAUCUCGGGCCACUCCAGGUGGCAUAUCGAGAGACCAUCCUAAACUCAGUUCGUGCCACAGAUACAUUAGAUAGAACUUUAGGAGACAAAAGGCAUCUGGUGACCGUAGAAGUGGAAGCAAGGCCAAUUGAAACAUCGUCUGUUACGCCAGUGAUUGAGUAUGCUGAAAGUAUCAGUGAAGGCCUUUUGAAAGUCUCCAAAGAGGCCAUUGAAAGUGGAAUUCACAGCGCAUGCCUCCAAGGACCAUUGCUUGGAUCCCCAGUUCAAGAUGUAGCAAUUACUUUAUAUUCCCUGACAGUUCAUCCUGGUACCUCCACAACUAUGAUUUCUGCCUGUGUCUCAAGAUGCGUGCAAAAGGCUCUGAAGAAAGCUGAUAAGCAAGUUUUGGAGCCUCUGAUGAAUCUUGAGGUUACCGUAGCUAGAGAUUAUCUCAGCCCUGUCCUGGCAGAUCUGGCACAAAGAAGAGGAAACAUUCAGGAAAUUCAGACUCGCCAGGACAACAAAGUUGUUAUUGGAUUUGUUCCCUUAGCAGAUAUUAUGGGUUAUUCAACUGUGCUUCGAACGCUAACAUCAGGCUCAGCUACUUUUGCCUUAGAACUAUCUACUUAUCAAGCCAUGAAUUCUCAAGAUCAAAAUACACUGCUCAACCGGAGAAGUGGUUUGACCUAAAUGUUUGUUUUUGAGAGAAAUUCAGGAGCACCUAGCUACUUCAUUUUCAGUAAGAACAAUUUUUAUUGCACAAAUAAAGUACUGUUUCAGUACAUUCAGAGAACUAGAUAAAAGAUAUACCUUAAGCUUUGAUAGUGGCGCUGGAGCCACCCGUUUUAAUUUAACGAGAAAUAUGCUUUGAUGUUUAAAGCCACUGUACCUGAAUCAUGCUGUUCAUCUAUGAAGUUAUUACUAUUAGUAGCAAACACUCAACUCUUUGGAAGAGUGCUAUCACGAAGUUGUGUUUCUUUUGUGUCUUUAAGCUUAUCUCAAAGAUGCCAGGCCUCUAUAUGUAAUAAGAAAUAAAAGGGUCAAAGGUCCAAUCAAUAAAAAUAUUUUAUUCAAAAAAGUCUUAAUAUCUUAUUUUACAUGAUUUCAAAAUAAAGUUGACUGUAGUACAGA